AUGCGGCUACCGGAUCGUCAGUACUGUUUGCAAACUUAACAACAAAUCAACAAAGAUUUGAGAAAUUAGUUUUUCAUAAUGAAACUCACUCUAGUGCUUUUGUUUGUUGGCCUGAUUUGUGCUGUGUACGCUCAGGAUGCCACCAAGGACGCCAAGGAUGCAGCUGAUAAGGCAAAGACUGAAGCACCCGAUGCGUCCAAGCUAGGAAAGGAUGCCACCACAACGCCGGAUCCCAAGGACGCUUCCAAAAAGCUAGAUGACGCAUCCGGCAAAGCAAAAGAUGUCGCCGCCAAGGCCAAGGACGAUCUCGCUGGAGCCGGUAAGAAGCUUCAAGAUAGUUUUAAACUGUGAAAAUAGAAUGACUCUGAGUCAAUGAAGACGAAAAAGUGAGGGCAAUGAUUUUGUGACCAGCGAUAGCAAUAAAAGGCAACAAUCAGUGAAACAA